AUGUCCUUAACAAGAUCACAUAGCCAGUGGCCUAGAGGCAUCCCCUCUUUCAUUCGCCGACAUGAGGAACCCGUGGCCCGGAAGAAUUUUGAUGCCGCCUCUCGUGCAUGGAGGCAUUUUGUUCGUGAGCAGUGGGUCGGUGGCGACGGCGCGGAUCAACAGAAACGAGCGUUGAUCGAACGCUGGGCAACAGCAGACCAACAAUUCCGCGAUAGCUAUCAAUCACGAGCCCCAGAGGACGAGCCUAGUUUUUUUGAAGGUCCUGAACUUGCGUGUAUCCUGGGAUUAUUCCCAUGGGAAGACGGCUGGGACUUUCUAGCAGACGAAAUGAUAGUGUUUGUUCCCCCUGAAGACAAUAAGGGGAAUGUUCUCGAGACAUUUAAAUUCCAUCAAAGUGUCGCGCGACCCAACUUCCUCGAUAUGCACAUGGCGCUUGAUGGAACUGUACUUUUCAGAGACUGCUCCCCCAAGCUUAUUAUCGAUGACCGGACCCUUGAGACCGGACUAGGUCUCUGGGUUGAUUUUGCAACCAACGGUAUCUACGAGAUAGCCCGUCGGGGUCAAAUUAUGAUGGAGGAAUUCGCCCACUUUUAUCGGGAAAUCGGUCCGGGAAAUCGAGUCCCAAUAGACCAGGCGCUCAAUUACAUUGAGGACCGGGAAAUUUACAUAGACCGCGACGAAGAUGCAGAUCCAAGAGAGAUUUUGGAGGAUGAACCAGUCGAUAUGCGACGGCCGCUUGUGGAAAUCUACAAAGGGAAUGAAGUUGAUCUGGUGGAUGACUAUGCGCCAGGAUUUCGCGAGGCGGAGGAGCAGGGUGACGGUUUAGCGAUCGGAUUUGAUUUGGAAAGGAUACUUGCGAACGAUGGAAAUCCCCUGAUUGUCAGAGAUCAUGGAAGUGACCAUUAG